CAUCUGUAGGGGUCAUGCAUUACUGGUGUAAAGUUUCUAAAAAGCCGCCCUGUCUCACUCCCUCUUUUCUCUCCUCCCUCCAUCCCUCCCUUUCUUUCUCCAUCUCCCUCUCUCUCUCUCUCUUGCUCUGACCUCUUUUCAGCUCCCCGUUUCUUAAAUCGUGCGCACAUUCACGAUUCCAACUCUCGUGCACUGAAGCCAAGUCCAUUCACCGCAUCUCAAGCGCUGUCAAGCCCAGAAGCUGUGAACAAUGUGCGCCUUCGUCGAGUCUUGAGCACCUUGUCAGGCAAGGACGCUUUUUUAUUUUGAAGAUAAUAUGGCUCACGGUUACUAAGUCGAGAUACCAAAAAGAAUACACACUAAUAAAGGCAAACCUCUCGCCGGUUAUUCAAAGAAAAAGAUUUUGACUUACGAAACGAACCGUGGCAUCGUCCUGCUACUGGGAAAGCUGAACAAACGGAAGAGUGAAACUUCCACUCCGGACAAAGAAAAGCAGAAAAGGAGUAGCAGGAGAGCUUUUAUGAGAACAUGGCAUUCAGACCAACAUGGUGUGCCGGUUUCUACUUUUUAUGUAAACAUCUAUUCAGGAUUUGAUGGGGCAUUAAAAUCUUUAGGACGUGAUGAAGACUGAGCUGCUAUACAAACAAUGGGAGAUUCUGGGUUUGCUGUUAAGCCUCCUAUCAGCUAUGGGACUGUCACAGCACACAACUCCAAGUCCACAGCAACAGCAAAGGGGAAUAACCAGGUUCCGCCUGGCUGGAUAUCCUCGCAAGCACAAUGAAGGGAGAAUUGAAGUCUUCUAUAAUGAUGAGUGGGGAACCAUUUGUGAUGAUGACUUCUCAUUGGAGAAUGCUUUUGUCCUCUGUCGACAUCUUGGAUUUGUUUCUGCAACUGGAUGGGCACACAGUGCCAAAUAUGGCAAAGGAACAGGGAAAAUCUGGCUUGACAAUGUUCAAUGUAGUGGCAGUGAAAAGCACAUCGGUGACUGUAAAUCUCGAGGGUGGGGAAAUAGUGAUUGCACACAUGAUGAAGAUGCAGGCGUUAUCUGUAAGGAUGAGCGGCUACCAGGUUUUGUGGAGUCCAAUGUCAUUGAGCAGGUUGAAGAAGACCGUGUUGAAGAGAUACGACUCAGGCCUAUUGUAGCCAGUGCUAAAAAGAGAAACCCAGUGACAGAGGGAAUUGUGGAGAUCAAAUACAAGGAUGGCUGGACGCACAUUUGUGAUAUUGGCUGGACUCCUAAGAAUUCACAAGUUAUCUGUGGUAUGAUGGGAUUUCCAAUGGAGAGAAAAGCCAACAAGAAUUUUUACAAACGAAUUAAAAAGCAAGCAGCUAAAGAUAAAUCCAAGAUUAUUCGGUCUGGAAACAGGGUGAAAUCUAAAUCUAAAUUUAAAUCUAAACCAAAAAUCAUUGAGGGGACCAGUUCUGGUAGAAGGUUGUUUACAGAAAGGCAAGAAAACACCUACCGAAUUCACUCUGUGGCCUGUACUGGUAGUGAAGUGCACCUGUCAGUGUGUCCCCUGCAGUUUUACAAAGCUAAUGCUACAGCGCCCUGUGAGGGUGGUAUGCCUGUAGUGGUUAGCUGUGUUGCUGGACCUCAGUUUGCUUCUGGGAAUGGACAAAAAAAAAAGAAAGCAAUAUCACUUCGGGUGCGUUUGAAAGGUGGUGCCAAAACUGGGGAAGGCCGUGUCGAGGUCCUGAAGAACAAUGAGUGGGGCACUGUGUGUGAUGAUCGAUGGAACUUGCAGGCUGCCUCUGUUGUCUGUAGGGAGCUGGGGUUUGGAAGUGCCAAAGAAGCCCUGACUGGAGCCCGCAUGGGACAAGGCAUGGGUCCUAUCCAUAUGAAUGAAGUUCAGUGUACUGGCAAUGAAAAAUCCAUCUGGAACUGUCAAUAUAAAAACAUCACAUCUGAGAACUGCCAGCAUUCUGAGGAUGCUUCGAUCAAGUGCAACAUCCCCUAUAUGGGGUAUGAAAACUCGAUUCGCUUGAGUGGUGGGCGCACUCAAUAUGAGGGCCGAGUGGAGGUGGGGACAAGUAGCAAUGGAACACACCAGUGGGGGCUGAUUUGUGGAGAAGGCUGGAGCACCAAAGAGGCCAUGGUAGUCUGCCGCCAGCUUGGCCUUGGAUAUGCUAACCACGGCCUGCAAAUUCGGAUUAUUGGAGGACGGACUACGUAUGAAGGCAAAGUGGAGAUAAAGAGGGGUACGAAGUGGGGAACUAUUUGCAGUGAUGGGUGGACAACUAAAGAGGCAAUGGUAGUGUGCCGCCAACUAGGACUCGGCUACUCUCUGCAUGCUAUAACAGAAACCUGGUACUGGGAUGCAAGUAACACUACAGAAAUGGUACUAAGUGGAGUUAAGUGUACAGGGAAUGAAAUGUCUUUAAGUCAUUGUCAACACCAUGGGAACAAUGUUAACUGCAAAAGGACCAGUAGUCGAUUUGCUGCAGGGGUCAUCUGCUCUGAAACUGCCUCUGAUCUCAUCUUAAAUGCUCCCCUGGUGCAGCAGACUGCCUACAUCGAGGACCGGCCACUGCACAUGUUGUACUGCGCUGCUGAAGAAAACUGCCUUUCCAGUUCAGCUGCUAAGGCCAACUGGCCAUAUGGCCAUCGUCGCCUGCUACGCUUCUCUGGGCAGAUUCACAACAUAGGCCGUGCUGACUUCCGCCCCAAGUUAGGCCGGCACUCCUGGGUGUGGCACGAAUGCCAUAGGCAUUACCACAGCAUGGACAUCUUCACUUACUACGAUUUACUGUCUCUUAAUGGUACCAAAGUGGCAGAAGGGCACAAGGCUAGUUUCUGCCUCGAAGACACGGAGUGUCAGGAAGGCAUUGCCAAGAGGUACGAAUGUGCAAACUUUGGGGAACAGGGCAUCACUGUUGGCUGCUGGGAUUUAUACCGCCAUGACAUUGACUGCCAGUGGAUUGAUAUUAGCGAUGUGAAACCAGGAAACUAUAUUCUACAGGUUGUUAUUAACCCUCAUUAUGAAGUAGCAGAAAGUGAUUUCACCAACAAUGCCAUGAAGUGCAACUGCAAAUACGAUGGACACAGAGUGUGGCUGCAUAACUGCCAUAUUGGUGAUGCUUUUAGUGAUGAAGCGGAGAAGAGAUUUGAACAGUACCCUGGGCAGCUGAACAACCAGAUCUCUUCAUAAUGGACCCUAAGGUGGACCUUCGGUGAGACUGUAAAGAUGGCUACAGUUGGCUGAACAGCACUCGCUCCGGGGCCUUUCAGCCUAAAUUUCCAUCAGCCAAUCUCACAAACGGGUUUUGUUUUUCUGAAUGGUUUGAAAGAAAGGAAAAACUGUAACAGUGUGAAGCACAUAAAAACAAAGUCAACUUUCUGUUCUGGUGUUUUAAAUUCAUAUCAAAUGUUUGAGCUACACACUGUUUAUAAAUGUAGACUAUAGCUAAAUAUUUAGAAACCUUGUAGUAAAAAAAAAAAAAAUAUUCCAUUUCUUUAGCACCUGCAGCUUUGGAUAUGCAAAAUAUGUAGAUGAUAAGGAGAAGACAGAAUGUCAUUGUGGCUGUAAUAGGACAUUUUCUACCAGGCAUUGCUCAAAAUGGCCGUGUAUUAGAAAAACAGCAAAACUGAACAAUUAGCACUCCAAGUAAAACCCUUUAAAGUGAUGGCAUAGUGGGCAUUCUACCAAUUGAGUGGUGCCAAAUGGGAAAAUGUGUGCGUUAGAAGUUAGAACUGGGAGGCCAUUUGAGCACAGUAAAUGUACUUCUGCCCAGAGGGGCAAUGCCCAUUGUGUACGCUGCUCCGAACGGUCUUGGUGGGCAGCCAAGUUAUGUUGGCAUUACAUAAAUGAACUCUGGUAGGCGAUUUAGAGCGAUCUGCGAGUGUAAAUAUUCUGGCUGGGGAGUGAGGUCCCAACUUGAGGAGAUGAAGAUGCCUUCCAGACAGGGAGCAGUGAGUGGAGUGGAGUGGAGUGUGGCUUACCAUGAACAGAGCAACCCGAGCAAACUAGACCACAAAAUCACAGACCCUCGAGCUUCUUCUGUGGACUGGCAGGGUGUCGGCGGCUUGACAUUUUCUUCUCUGAACACUUUAAAUUUCAUGACAAUUUGUUUUAUAUUUUUUUACCAAUUAAAUCUACAAAAAAUGUAUUGUUUAUCAAUAAACUACGUAAAUCAGUUGCAGAUGUGGGCUCACAAAUGUAUCUCAAUUGCAGUUUACAUUCUAUUUGAUUAAUUAGUAAUACAGUUCUAAAACUCGGUUUACAUUCUAAGCAUUUCCAUAAAUGUAUUUCUGCACUUUUGUCAUUUGUUUGAAGACCAAAGUGGCAAAGUACAGUAUAUAAUGGUAUCUGCAGCAGUUUUACUGUUUGAACCGGGCGAGUCCACUUGAAUGCAUGUGGGUUUUCAGAUACUAAAGAGAUUUCUUUAUUGCUCACUACAGUAUGGUGCUCAUGGAAUCCCACGUGUCAUAUGUAUCAUAUUUGAUACAUCUGAUAUCAAAGUUUGUUGUAUUUUACAACAUCUGUGUAUUCAAACAGGGAGAAAAAUGUAAAAUAAAUAAAUAAAUGUAAAAUGA